AUGGCCGAUCCGAAAGAUUCAGAGCCGGAACCCGAAUAUCCUACUUGUACUAAUACCACUAGCAUUACUACCCUUCCGCCAACAACGAGCGAUAUCUUCCGAAUACCCGAGAUCCUCGCACAUAUCCUUUCUCACGUCCCAGCAGUACAGCUUAUUACGGGCGCACGGUUGGUGUGUAGAGCGUGGAAAGACGAGAUUGAGACGGAUCCUAUUCUUCGUUGGAGAUGUUGGGUUCCUAGCCGACCCAAGAACGUUCCAAGUACUCCUACACCGGCCGAGAGUACGAAGUCCGAGAAUAGUGGUGGUGGUGGCGGCGGUGGCGUUAACUCCGAUGUCCUAAAGUCGGACGAAGUUGUUAACUCCGAGGAACCAGAGCAACUCCAACACCAACAACCACAACAACAACAACAACAACAACAGCAGCAGCAGCAGCAACAGCAACAAGCACCUACAGCACCGAAACGUUUAAGAGUCCUUGACGGAAUUUCAUUACCACCACCGAGUAUCAGAUCACAAUACACAAACGCAGCAUGUAAAUGCCACAGUUCACCUUCAUCACCAACAUGUACGACACACACCUACACCGAUCUCUUCGAAGUUCAUCCAGUAGCAAUCCACUUCCUCCAACUCUUCUGGCGUAGAUUCAUGCGUCUACCCCUCUCCAAAGCCCAAGCCAUCACUGCAGCCGAUUCACGAGAUGCGUUAAUGGACGAACUAGUCGCCCUCAUAAAACCAAAACUCAAAGAAUUCGAAACCGCAGUAUUAGUCGAACCGCCAUCGGGAAUCCGGUUGAAUACUUCCAACAGACUCAUUCGUCCCGAAAACCUCUCUUCGGUUGUUAGUUUAUAUUGUGGGGUUCAAUACGAAAGUUUAAUUGAGACUAAACUGUACGAUAAUGGAACUACUACGGCGCCGUUUUGUCAGAGCUCCAGAACGAGCAGGAGGAGAAUGCUCUCGGUUAAGGACCUAGUGUAUAAUGUCAUGCACCGCUCGUUAUUUGGCGACAUAGAUCUCAAUGAGGUUAGAAAGAGGAGGGAACCGACAACAAAUAAAAAUUCCUAUUUCCCAGAACAUUACAGCGUUAUAAUGCAAAUAGAGGGCAAAGAAGAUAAGGGAUCAAACGCGUACGGCGGUAUGCAAGACACAGAAGUUGAAAUCACAUUGGCGCUCUAUGAACCCUAUGACAUUAUCGACGUCGAGACGAGAAAGAUAUCGGAGAGCACGGCGGCCGUGAAAGCGAGGUCCAUACCCCGAUAUUCCUCCAGUUUGGAGCCAAGGUCUUGGAAUAAGCCAUUUGUCCCUCGAAAAACGCCAUGGAGGGUCUGGGCGAGAGAUAAACGACCAAAGAAAAGCGAGCAGCUUCCGGACUAUUCUACUGUCUACGAUUAUUAUCAAGAGAACAGGGCGCAGAAUGUACUGUUGCCACUUGGGGUGGGGACCUGA